ACAUCCGGUUUUACAUUUCAAAAUAAAACAAGGAGUGCCCUGAUACUGGAUUGCUACAAUGUCAGACUGCUUGAUAUUGGGACAAGUUCAUAAGAAACCUGAACCAUUGGGGAGAGGAGAAGCAGCCAUGGCCAGGUCCAAAGGGUGGCUGUAUGCAUGUUGCGCACUGAUGCUGCUGCUAUGCGUCGUUGUGGUGUCCGUGUGCAUCAGUCAGCUAGGGAGGCACAAGUGCCCACAAGAUUCUUUCUCUCACGCGGCGGUGGCUGCAGACACUGGGACGUGUUCACAAAUUGGACGGGACAUGCUUGAAAAAGGGGGCUCAGCGGUAGAUGGCGCCAUUGCUGCCCUGCUCUGUACAUCUCUCUUGAACCCUCAGAGUUCGGGCCUUGGGGGUGGAUCCAUAUUCACAGUGAUGGACAGCACUGGCAAAGUACAAAUCAUCAACUCCAGAGAGCGUGUCCCUGCGAAGUAUAAGGCAGACACAUUGAAGUACUGUCCUGAUCCCUCUCGCUUCUUGUCAGUCACUCCCUAUCCAGGUAGCUUGUGGAUUGGAAUCCCAGGAGAACUCCGUGGUUAUGAACAAGCACACAGGCUUUAUGGCAAGUUGCCAUGGGCAACCCUCUUUCAGCCAAGUAUCCAGCUGGCCAGACAGGGGUUUCCUAUUUCACAAAUCCUUGGUCAAUAUCUGUCUUACAGUGAUGCCAAUGACUCUCAGUCACUGCGUGAGCUUUUCUCGGAUAAAAAUGGAAACCUGAUGCAAAUGGGAGAUAUUUUGAAAUUUGAGACACUAGCUGACACAUUAGAGACAAUUGCAAAUUUUGGAGCCGAUGCUUUCUACAGUGGAAAAAUAGCAGAGAAUUUAAUACGGGACAUACAGGAGGCAGGAGGGUCACUGACUUUGCAGGACUUGGCAUCUUACAAAGCAACUGUGAGCGAUGCAUGGAGCAUUCCUCUUGGAGAGUAUCAGAUGUAUUUUGCACCACCCCCUGCAGGAGGAUACAUCCUUAGCCUCAUCCUCAACAUCAUGAAAGGAUAUGACCUGAAUCCAGCAUCCCUGAGAGGUGAACAAAAAGCAUUGUUUUAUCACCGCUAUGUUGAAGCUCUCAAGUUUGCUAACGGAUUAAAGAAAUUUGCGUUCAGUUCAGAGCUGACAAAGAAAUUCACAGAGGAUAGCUUUGCCGAUCACAUCCGCAGUUUAAUCAGCGACGAAAUGUCACAUGAGCCGCAGUAUUACAAUGUGACUCCAUACCUCGACAGUAUGGGCACCACGCAUGUCUCAGUGCUGGCCCAGGAUGGAUCUGCUGUGUCUGUCACCAGCAGCCUCAACCACCUAUUUGGCUCCAGAGUCUUAUCUCCAAGCACUGGAGUUAUCCUCAACAAUCAUCUGUCUGACUUCUGUGGAAGAGUUGAUACCUUAUUCGCAGGGGAGCAGCCUCCUUCAUCCAUGUCUCCUAGUGUGUUCAAGUCUAAAUCAAAGGUGCUGGUGAUUGGAUCAACCGGUGGCAGUAUGAUCACCACUGGAAUGGCGUCAGCAAUUAUGAACCACCUUUGGCUUGGAAAAAAACUUAAGGAGGCAAUUGCCACUCCAGUUGUUUUUGUCGAUUCUCAAAAUGUACUCAAGUUUGAAGGCAACUUUGACAAAGAUGUAAUUGAGGCUCUGAAAGCUCUGGGACACACUCACAAACCUGCCAAGAAGUUUUUCAAUGUGGUGAAUGCUGUAGAGAAGGAAGAUGGAUGUAUCAAUGCAGUGUCUGAUGCAAGGAAACUGGGCAAAGCAGCUGGUUACUGAUGCUAUGUAUCAGGGAACACGGAUAUAGCACCAAGAUUCAUGGCGCUAAACACACAUCCAUUCCAUCCGUUUACUAUAACACUUAUCCUCACUAGGGUCGUGGGUGUGCUGGAGCCUAUCCUAGCUAUUUUUGCACACAUAUAAACAAAUCUUUCACACUCAUAUUCACAUCUACAGGCAAUUUAGAAUCUUCAAUCAUCUUACCAUGCAUGUUUUGGGGAUGAGGAAGGAAACCGACGUAUUAGAGUAAAACCACGCAGGUGCGGUGAUCACAUGCAAAAAAAUAUAUAUAUAUACCAACACAGAAUGUUGAUUGUUCCUACACAUUUAGCGACAAUAACAGCAAGCUUCCCUAUUUCAUCCACAGUGAUGUUAUGAAUUACAAUAUUGUCAAGUAUUGGUGCAAAACAUAAUCUAUGCAUGCUUUUUAUCUACUGCAUUUGUGUGACUUGGUGGUGAGAGGCUUGAUCGCUUAAAACUGUGCACUUUCGUCAUGUGUAAAAAGCUUGUAGUUACAGUUAUUAAAUGCCACCAAACGAGCCCAAACACAGCACAGUUCUGGUUCUGAAAUGUUUAGGAAUUCCUCAAAAGAUAAAUUGAACCCAUUUAUUCCUCAAAACCUUGUGGGUUGUCAGGUCAUGAAAAGCUUUUAUACAGGACACUUUUGUUAUUCCUCAGGUUUUUUUUCCCCGAGAUAUGUGGGUGUGUGCCAACCACUAAGUGGGCAGGUACUUGAAUAAUUAAUAACUAAUCUACAUCACAGACACACAAAAAUUUGAUCUCGUCGUUCUGUAAUUCUUUUACUUUUAUAGGCUAUUGCAUUCAAUAGACAUCCUGCAUAGUUUUCAUACUUAAACCAGGUCACAGACUGGGUAAGAAAAAAAAUAUUUUGAUGGCAUGGGACUGUGAAAAAUGGGAAUCAUAUAAUUUUGCAGGGAAUUUUGCCUCCUUUUUUUUUUACCAUGGCGCUUAACAAAUAUUCAGCUGUGUGCAACGCUAAAGGUCAGGUAUUCCGGACAUACAACUCUACGACAGAUAUUUAUCCUUUGACUUUUACUUUUAUUCCCAUUUGUUACAUAUGCACCCAAAAUAUGUCUGCAACGUCAAAGGUGUCUGGGAGCAAAGGGUUAUUUUAUUAUGAGCCAAAGUCACUAGCCUCUAUUUUGAUGAGUUCGAUCUCUAUGCAUCUUGAAAGGGAUGAUUUACGUCUUACACUAUUGUUCAUAUCGAUAAACACACUUCAGCAUCUGAGGCAGAAGAGAGUGACAGGCAGAUUUCCCAGCCAUAAAAACCAACAGUGCUUCCACCCACCAAACAGUAGUUAAUUUGAUUUUCUGUAAUUUUUUUGCUUGGCUGACUUUGUGGCAACUCAGUGACCCUUUUUUAGGCAUACAGAUUUGCAUACAUUGGAACAAUGUGUACUGUACAUGCUUUUUCAUUUUUGUGGUUGAUGCUGUAAAGAUACUUGGUGUGCUUGUGUACAGUAAAAAAAAAAAAAAGACUGAAAUAACUACAACUCUAAUAGUGACUUUGAACUUUUACUCCAUAUAUUGCUUUAAAAUUUGUCCAAAUACAUUAAAAAACAAUUUGAGUCUUCA